AGGUCUCCAAUUCUAAAAAACAAUGUCGCAAAGAGAUGCAGAUAAGUACCUUUAUGUGGACAAAAACAUCAUUAAUAACCCCCUGACUCAGGCUGACUGGGCAGCUAAGAAGCUGGUAUGGGUUCCCUCAGAGAAGAAUGGGUUUGAGGCAGCUAGCCUGAAGGAAGAAGUAGGAGAUGAAGCCAUCGUGGAACUGGCAGAGAAUGGGAAGAAAGUGAAAGUAAAUAAGGAUGACAUCCAGAAGAUGAACCCCCCCAAAUUUUCUAAAGUGGAAGAUAUGGCAGAGCUGACGUGCCUGAAUGAGGCUUCUGUGCUUCACAACUUGAAGGAGAGAUACUACUCGGGACUGAUUUAUACCUACUCAGGCCUGUUCUGCGUGGUAAUCAAUCCUUACAAGAACCUGCCCAUAUACUCGGAGGAAAUAGUGGAAAUGUACAAGGGCAAAAAGAGACAUGAGAUGCCCCCUCAUAUCUAUGCCAUCACAGACACAGCCUACAGGAGUAUGAUGCAAG